AUGACCAAUAUCCAGGAGAACCAGUACAUCAUGUACUGCGGACCAACUGCAAAAACAGAAACGAUCAGCUAUGAGAACCGCCUCGCCCAUCCCGAGCGCUACCCUGACGAGUCAUGGCCUGGAUCGACAGAUACCGUAGGCCCCGAGCCAGUUACGGCUCCACCUUCUUCAAGACGCGUCGCAACCUCUACAGUUGAAAUCAGAGUUACUGUUCCGCCUCCAACGAGUACACCCCAGGAUGACCCGAUUAAUUCAAGCGCCCCAGAAGCUAUAGAGAGCGUCUUGGAGACUCCAUCAAACACAGUAACGGAUUUUACAAUGGCCUUGGGUAGCCCUGGUAGUAGCACGUCGUCUGAUGGCAUGACCACCGGUGGUGGCUUAUCUAUUGACAUCAGCACAGGAACUUCUCUCUCAUCACUUUCGGCUCCGACCCGCACGUCUGGAAGCCCCUCAGCUUCAUCCGACGACAGCGAUGAAGGACCUAGUCUCUCGGCAGGUGCGGUAACAGGGAUAGCCGUCGCAGGAGCCGCCGGGCUCGCAUUCGCCGUGCUCUCGGCCUGGUACUUUCUCUUCUACAAACGAGGGGAACGCAAGAGCUCUCAGGACUCAAGCAGUGAUGAGAAGUCGACGCCUGGCUGCACGCCACUAGUCCCAGGAUCCAAUGGGUCUGAGGGCGGACCCAGCGAGCUUGAAUCUUCUGAAUUGAAACAGGGCCCCUGGUCACCAAGCUCGCUGAACAGACAUCCUGCAAGCCCUGAGUUGGACUCAACCCCCGUUCACAGCCAGCAGGUCUCACCGAUGGUGGCUCAGGAUCAAUUCACGCAGCCAUCCGGCAGUGCGCAGCCGCUCCCGAACACCGACUCGCUCCAUCCACCGUCCCUCACGCCCGCCAUAAAAGUCCAGCACGCUUCUGCACCCUGCCACGCUGAACUGCCAGCCGAACCGUCACCACGAACUACGCAAGCCCUCGACUUCCCCCUACCACCGCGGAGCAACAACUUCUCAAAACCAUUACGCCACCCCCACUCCUCCGCCUCGAUGAUCAACGACGCGACGUACAAUCCCAACAAUUCCAAGACUACCAACCUGAUCCCUUACUCUUUUGAUGACUCGAAUAUGUCGCCGAGAAGCGCGGGGCCGACCUACAUGACGGCCGAGGAGGCUAUGGGCGGUGGUGGGACGGGCUUUUGGGAGAGGGAGAGGAGCAGUAGCCCAAGGAGUACGGAGGCGGAAAGGCCGGCGGGGGAUGCUAUAGUGGUGGAGCCGUUGCAUGUGAAGCGGGCUGGAGACUAG